AUGAUAUUGUGGUAUAUCAUUGUUGCGAUCGUCUUCUUUGCAUAUACAGUCACUGCAAAGAACAUGCGAAAGACAGAGAAGAAUCUACCUCCUGGACCACCACGACUUCCUUUAAUUGGGAACUUGCACCAAUUGGGAUCUCAUCCUCAUCGUUCCAUGUUCAAACUAUCCGAAAAGUAUGGAUCUUUGAUGUCCCUCAAGUUUGGAAACGUGUCUACCGUUGUGGCGUCAACUCCAGAGACGGUGAAGGAAGUCUUGAAAACAUUCGACGCAGAGUGUUGUUCACGACCUUACCUGACGUAUCCUGCAAGGAUCACAUACAAUUUAAACGAUCUUGCUUAUUCUCCCUAUAGCAAAUAUUGGAGGGAAGUACGAAAAAUGACGGUUGUUGAGCUCUACACGGCUAAAAGGGUAAAAUCAUUUGGACAUGUAAGACAAGAAGAAGUUGCUUCCUUAGUUGAUUUCAUCAAGGACUCUGCUUCAUUGGAGAACCAGGUUAACUUGAGCGACAAGUUAUCGAACUUGUCAGCAAGUGUGAUAUGUAAAGUUGGAUUUGGGAUAACUCUCAAAAGAAGUAAACUUGAGAGUAGUUACGAGGAGGUGAUGAAAGGAACCAUGGAGGUGUUGGGGAGUUUUGCAGCAGCCGAUUACUUCCCAUUUGUCGGUAAAUUUAUUGAUAGGAUCACAGGGUUACAUAGAAAAUGUGAAAAGGCUUUCAAAGCAAUAGAUUCAUUUUUCGAUCAAGCUAUAAAGCAUCACCUAGAAGAUGAGAGUCUUAAAGAUGAUAUCAUUGCGUUGCUUCUCAAGAUGGAAAGGGGAGAGACUGGACUUGGAGAGUAUCAACUUACUCGAAACCACACCAAAGGAAUUCUUCUGAAUGUUCUUAUUGGUGGAGUAGACACUUCUGGCCACACAAUAACAUGGGUGAUGACACAUCUGAUUACAAACCCAAGAGUUAUGAAGAAAGUGCAAGCCGAGGUGAGAGAGGUGAUCAAUGACAAAGAUGACAUAACAGAAGAAGAUAUAGAACGACUCGAGUAUCUCAAAAUGGUGAUUAAGGAAACACUUAGGAUAACCCCACUUGUGCCACUUCUCAUUCCAAGAGAGGCUUCAAAAGAUGUAAAGAUCGGAGGUUAUGACAUUCCAGAGAGAACAUGGAUCCAUGUCAACAUUUGGGCUGUUCAUAGGAAUCCAGAUGUUUGGAAAGAUCCAGAAGCUUUCAUACCAGAGAGGUUUAAGGAUAGAGAGGUUGACCAUAAAGGUCUAAGCUUUGAGUUGUUGCCAUUUGGUAGCGGAAGGAGAAUGUGCCCUGGUAUGGGUAUGGGUAUGGCUUUGGUACACUUGGUUCUUAUCAAUCUUCUUUACCGUUUCGACUGGAAGCUCCCUGAAGGAAUGGAGGUGGAAGAUGUUGAUUUUGAGGAAUCAUAUGGACUUGUCUCUCCUAAGAAAGUUCCACUUCAACUUAUCCCGGUUCUUACCCAGUGGACUUGA